GGAAAGAAACACUCCGAUAAACAUCAGUGAGUCAUGUUCGGUGAGCUAUGACAAAGCUGCCUCCCUCCAAUAUCAGAAUAUUCCCACAUUUAUUGGAGCUAUUAAAAAGUAUUUUACGAAGGGAUUUAAUAUAUUUAAACUCAUGGCUGUUGUAUUAUUGGAUAAUCUGCCGCUGCCUUCUCUAAAAUCCUACACGAUAGGCAGCUUACUGCUCUUUAUUUUAGCUACAAUAUAUGGCUACAACUUCAACAAUGAAAUUUCGGAUGAUAUAGAUCAAAAUGUUUGGCAAAUUAUUACUUCUUGUAUGGCAAAAGAUCCGUUUUGUACUUGGUCUACCGUGAACAUGGUUUAUUGUGGUUUUUUCUUGAUUGGAAAGAUAAUACAAAGAUUCGUGUUUGGUGAUUUAAGACCGAUUGAAUUGCAGCACAUCAAAGACAAAUUCUGGAAUUUCAUUUUUUAUAAAUUCAUCUUCAUAUUUGGUGUUUUAAAUGUGCAACAAAUGAAUGAAGCGAUGCUGUGGUGCGCUUGGUUCACAAUUAUUGGCUUCUUUCAACUUUUUACUCAGUUGUGUUAUGAUAGAUUUCAAUAUUUAUGUUAUUCUCCAUCAACGACCAACAUACAACAUGGUAAGGUUGUGGCACUUCUCACUGGUAUCAUAUUCUCUUGCUGUGCAUUGACUGGACUCUCCUUGUAUGUUGGACAACAGAAAGAUAUUCAUGUCUUUUUCUUUUUAUUUUGUGAGGUCAGUCUUCUCUCACUGAAAGUCCUCCAUCUGGCAACAAAAUACACCAUUCAUUUAUUGGACCUAAAGAGUAAUUCAGCAUUACAGAACCACAAAACAAUUGCAUAUUAUAGUGACAUUGGAUUUGAUAUGACAAUAUUAAUUGUAGAUAUUGUUUAUCAUAUAUACAUGUUGAUUUAUUCCAAUAUUUUCCUAAGUAUGGCCAGUUUAGUGCUUUGUAUGCAGCUACGUUCUUUGUUUCAUGAUAUAAAACACAGAUUAGCAAAACAUCGCAAAAUCAUAAGAGUGAGAAAGAUUGUGGGACAGAGGUUUGAGAAUGCUUCAGUUGAAAUGCUGGAAGAAUUAUCAGACAAUAAGUGUGCAAUUUGUUGGGAGAGCAUGCAAAAAGCAAAGAAAUUGAAGUGUGGACAUUUAUUUCAUAGUGACUGUCUAUGUUCCUGGCUAGUUCAUGAUUCUUCCUGCCCAACAUGUCGUCAUUCGUUGGAAGAAGAAAUGAAAGAUCCCAGUGAACAAGGAGAUAGAUUGCCAAGAAGAGCGUUGUUGAGAAAUCAUUUCUUUCAUUUUGAUGGACGACAAAUUGCAAGCUGGUUUCCAAGUUUCUCUGUUGAAGUUUUACACACGAGAGUUGCGAAUGAGCUAACACAGAUACCUGAGAGCAGAAUUGAUACAAUGGCACAUGAAGUUCAAGCAAUCUUCCCCAACGUACCAAUACACGUGAUACGAGCUGAUCUGACAAGAACUCAUUCAGUGGAUAUCACGAGUGAUAAUAUCUUGGAGGGGAAUAUUCAUAUUCCCGCUGCUCCGGCAUUAGAAGACGUGACUGGUGAUGACACGACACUUGUUGAAGAGCAAGAAACACCUGUUGAUACUCCGGAAGAAGAUGAAAGACAAGCAACGGUUUCUGAGGAUAUUGUAGUGUUGGAAGAAAGAGAGGCAGAGGACACUAGUUCGAGGAGUAGGGCGAGCGAGCGCGGCACGUUUGGAGUUGAUUUUGCUGAACAAACUGGUCAGCGGCAAACAUCUUUGACUGAUCGUAAACAACAAAUGUUGCAGAAUGCCAGAAGACGAUAUUUGGAGAAAAAACCAUAGUUUGCCUGAAGACUUCACCUGUAGGUCUCCUGAACUAUGACGUCAUGUGCACCAGAAUAGACUUGGUCCCAGGGAACACGUCAAAUUGGCAGAAAGAGAAGUAUUUUCAUACGUAUAUUUUA